AUGGGUUUCACUGGUGUUAGCUUCCAUCUGGGUAUGUCAUCAAGUAAAGCGGGUUCUUCUUGUGAGGACUCUUUGCUAAGUUUGGAAUCAAAAAGUGUCAACAUCCCAACCGAAUGCAUCACUGCAUACACCCAACUCCACAACAAGCGAGGCGCAAACAAGCCAUCUUUUCUGAUCUACAAAAUCAGCGACGAUAAAAGGUCCAUUGAGGUGGAAGAGAGCUCUACUGAGAGAAACUAUGAGGCUUUUCUACAAAAACUGGCAUCUUCCGUUGAUCGUGAGGGAAACCCGGCCCCAAGGUAUGCUGUUUAUGAUGUGGAAUAUGACUUGAAGGGGGAUGGGAAAAGAUUUGGGAUCAUUGUGACUAACGUGGUCGGUGCGACUAGGGCAACGACUGUCUUUAUUAGUUGGGUGCCCGAGGAAACGUCGACGCGGUCUCGGAUGUUGUACGCUGCGACGAAGGAGCAGCUCAGAAGAAUACUUGAUUUUAAGGUCUCGAUUCAUGCGGAUGAACUAUCGGGCAUCGAGUGGAUGCGGGUUGUACGGGAGGCCAGUGGUGGGCGGCUCCAGGGUUAG